GCUGAGAAGCGUAAAGAUGGAACAGAGAAAGCUGAGUGAUCAAGCCAACACCCUGGUAGACCUUUCCAAGAUGCAGAAUGUCAUGUAUGACUUAAUCACAGAGCUGAAUGACCGGAGUGAGGACUUGGAAAAACAAAUUGGCAGUCUGGAGUCUAAACUAGAACAACUCACUGCCAGCUUCAAUUCCCUCCCCUUGCUCAUUGCGGACACCCUGCGUCAGCAGCAGCAACAGCUCCUCUCAGCUGUCAUCGAGGCUCGGGGAGUGAGCGUGGCAGUGGGGACCCCACACACACCACUCUCCGACAGCCCUAUUGGGGUCAGCUCCACUUCUUUUCCCACCCCUUACACAAGCUCAAGCAGCUGCUAAA